ACUUGCACAUUAAACAAAACUUUAAAAUACUGGAUUCUACAGUAGCCCUUGCAAGGCCACCAACCGGAAGUGUGGACUUUGUUACGGAUCUCAAGCUAAGCAACGCGUUGCUCAACCAAAAAAUCGUUAAUCGUAUAGCUAAACAAUAUGACGACCUACAUGAAGAUAGUCGAGGAGCGCAUCUCCGGCCUGGCCAAGGGUGUGGAUGAUACUGUGGACAGUUGGUUUUUGAUGAGCUCGCCGGCGCCUGUGGUAGCUGUGGUAUUAGUUUAUCUGGCAUUUGUACUCAAGAUUGGACCCGAGUUUAUGAAGAAUCGCAAGCCAAUGGAUCUGAAGCGUAUUAUGGUCUUUUACAAUGCCUUCCAGGUCUGCUACUCCAUUUGGAUGUGUCGCACGUCGUUCCGGGAAAGCAAUGUCAUGGCCUCGAUACUCUCAAAGAAAUGCGAAAUAAAUCGGACACGCGAACAGACUCUGGCACUGUAUUCGGGCGCAUGGUUCUACUUCUUCUCGAAGAUCAUUGAUCUGUUGGACACCACAUUCUUUGUGCUGCGCAAGAAGAACAAUCAGGUGUCGUUCCUGCAUGUCUAUCAUCAUACGAUCACAGUGCUGUUCUCCUGGGGUUAUCUGAAAUAUGCGCCCGGCGAGCAGGGAGUAAUCAUUGGCAUUCUGAACUCUGGUGUGCAUAUCAUUAUGUACUUCUAUUACAUGGUCGCCGCCAUGGGACCACAGUACCAGAAAUAUUUGUGGUGGAAGAAGUACAUGACAAGCAUUCAGUUGGUCCAGUUUGUGCUGAUCCUUGGCUAUAUGCUGGCAGUGGGCGCCAAGGGAUGCAAUAUGCCCAAGACGCUGACUUUCUUCUUUGUGGGCAACACGAUCAUCUUCCUCUAUCUGUUUGGCAAUUUCUAUCGCAAGACGUACAAGAAGUCCAAGAGCAUCGAUAGCAAUGGAAUGGCGCGCAACGGUGGCACAAGUCUCAAUCUGGCGCAAUCGGCGCUACGUGCUGCCGGCGGCAUGGGCUGCAUGCCGAUGCCAUCCAACAAGAACAAUAACAACGCCAGCGACUUUAAGCCUUAUAUCGAUCUGAAUAACAACAAUGUUAAGCCCCUGAAGGCGGAAUGAGCCGAGUCGGCUUUUUGGUGGGGUUAUCGUUCGUGUUUAGGUUAGCUUUACGUUUGUUAGAGCGGGGCUUUAGUCUAGUGUUAAAUGUAUCCAUUAGCCUAUCUGUGUAUGAAAUGAAUCUGAAUGUUGAACUUGUAUAAUAUAGCAUGUAUAAUGUUUAUGCCAAACA